AUGCGCGCACAUUCACUCAUUGGCAUGAGCUUUGCGCUCAAGGCUUCAGCAGUAUGCGAUCGAGCAUUCCUAGAAAAGACCGCAGCAGGAUACAUCCAAGCACAAGCGUCAGGCAAAUUGGACAGCCUGCCUCUGGCAGCGAACGUCUCAUACCAGGAGAACGACGUCCCUCUCCCUCUCUCCCAAGCCGUCCUCAGCAACCCCAUGACCAUCGACUUCAACCGCACCAUCUACGACACCACCGAAUGCGCCCUCUUCACCGAACUGACCGCCGCAACCAACCCCCACCCGUACGUCAUCAGCACCCGCAUGCUCUUCACCAACGACCAACGCAUCUCUACCAUCCAAUCCGUCGUCGCCGACACUGGCGACUGGCUCUUCAACGCCACGUCCUACCUCCACUGGACCCAGCAGGAGACUUGGGAUCCCAUCCCCCCAGGCCGCCGCGACACGCGCUCCGUCCUCCGCGCCGCGGGAGACGCCUACCUCGACAGCUGGACCAACGCCACCGUGCAAGUCCCCUACGGCACGCCCUGCGCCAGACUCGAAGGCGGCAUCUACACGGGCCAGCGCAACGCGUCGGCGAAUUCGUGCACCAUGCCCUUGUUCCCGGAGCCGUUCACCAUCUCGAAUCGGAGGUAUGUGGUCGAUGAGGUGUUGGGGGCCGUGGGCAUCUUCAACGAUUUCCCGUUCAUCGAGAAGACGAGGCCCGAGGGGACGCCGAGUACGAAUCUGUUCAGGGUCGAGGGAGGGAGGAUUAGGUAUAUCCAUGAGGUUACGGUUUGUGCGACGAGGAAUUGUGGGAGGUGA